UGAGUGAGCCCUCAAAGAGAGAGACGAUUGUCAGCAAUAAAUCGGAUUCCGUGGACGUGAGUGACGCCAGUUGUCAGUGGUAUAUGUAUAAAACUGGACAGGGAUGUAAUAGAUACAUGUGCUCAUUGCAGGCCAACAUAACGUACGAAGUGAUAACAUACGACUCGGACGAUGAGAUGGUGAAAAGCCGUCGGGAAAUACCGUUUGGAGGGCUUCGCAACAAAAAGGGUCACCCGAUAUACUCUCGGGAAGACAUACGGGAACAGUACUGUAUCACUAGGAAGGAGUUGGAUGUGUUGGAGCAGAAUCUGCGCGACUCGUCGGCCGCCCGUCUCUUCGGCUGCCUUUCGGCCAACCAUUUGCCGGACAGUCAGUGCCAGAAGAGCUCGUUUCUGAUGCUGUCGUGCGUUAAUAAACGCAAGAACUCCGCAGAUAUUCCCAGAGAUUUUGAUCCAAGCAAACGUUUGCAACACUUGAACACUGCGACCAUUGGCGGCAAUGUUGGAGAGGAUGAGGAGGACAGUGAUGGA